UAUGGAGAUAAAAGCAUCAGCAGCAGCAUCGGUGCGCCUGCAGCCAUGAACUCCUCUCAGGUUCUGUUUUUCACGCUCGGCGCCUACGCAGACCCCGGACCUCUGCGGUUCCUGUUCUUCCUGCUGGUUCUGGUCCUGCUGCUGCUGAUCGUGUUCUGUAACCUCCUCCUCAUCGUGGUGAUCUGCGUGAGCCGCAGCCUGCAUGAGCCCAUGUUCCUGUUCCUCUGCAGCCUGUUUGUCAACGAGCUGCUGGGGAGCUCCGGCCUGUUCCCCUUCCUGCUGCUGCAGAUCCUGGCGGACGUCCACCGGGUCUCCGCCCCCCUCUGCUUCCUGCAGGUUUUUGUCCUGUACCUGUACGGCAGCGUGGAGUUCUUUGUCCUGGCCGUCAUGUCGUAUGACCGCUACGUGGCCAUCUGCCGGCCGCUGCAGUACCACCGCCUGAUGACGCCGCAGAAGGUGGCGGUACUGCUGGCUCUGACGUGGGCGCUGCCCUUCCUGACCAUCAGCGUCCUGGUGGGGAUGAGUGCCGCGCUGCCGCUCUGCGGGAAUGUGAUCGACAGGAUCUACUGCGGGAACUACGCCAUCGUCAAGCUGAGCUGCUCCGACACGCGUCUGAACAACAUCUACGGCCUGGCCUACACCGUGCUGUCGGUCCUGCUGCCCUCGCUGUCCAUCCUCUACAGCUACGCCAGGAUCCUGCAGGUCUGCUGCUCCGGGUCUCGGCAGACCCGGCAGAAGGCUCUGAGCACCUGCACGCCUCACCUGGCCUCCAUCCUGAACUUCUCCUUCGGCUGCUGCUUCCAGAUCCUGCAGAGCCGCUUUGACAGGCAGCGGGGUUCGGACCCGCUGCAGGUCUUUAUGUCGCUGUACUUUCUGACCUGCCAGCCGCUCUUCACCCCCCUGCUGUACGGCCUGAAGAUGACCCGGAUCCAGGACGCCUGCCAGCAGCUGCUGUGUGGGGGGAGAGCGGCCCGGCCGGAGCUGCGGGCCUGACCCAGGGGUCAGGGUCCUGAGGGACCGGAGCACGGCGCCCCAACCAUGAGGGCCACUGUCAGGACGGCCGAAUAUCAGCUCCAGGAUCUGCCCCCCAACACAGACCGCUCCCAUGUCUGAACCUCUGAGGUUCAGGUGUGUGGACGGACGGACGCUGGUCAGACUGUCCCACCCAUGAGAGCCUCCGAGGAGGUUCAAGAGCUUCUGAGGAGGCUCAGGAACUUCCGAGGAGGUCCAGAAGGUUCAGGAGCCUCUGAGGAGGUCCAGGAGCCUCCGAGGAGGUUCAAGAGUUUCUGAGGAGGUUCAGGAGGUCCAGGAGCCUCCCAGGAGGUCUGGGAGUUUCUGAGGAGGCUCAGGAACUUCAGAGGAGGUCCAGGAGUCCAGGCAUCAGCUCCCACCUGCUGAAAGAAAGCUGCAGUUCAGGCCGUUGAGGAGUGGAGGAGGAAGAGUCCUGUCCUCGCUGUCCUCAGCUACGCCAGGAUCCUCAGAACGUUUGAAGGUCA